CCCGCAUCUCCCGCCUUACGCACGCGUAGUUGGGAUAACGGGGCACAAGCGUGACUGGAGGCGAUCGGAAGUGUGGUCUCGGGGAAAGGGCACACCUAAUCUACUAAUAAGUUUGAGGGAAACGCCAAGAGUUUGCUAGUAUGGAACUCACUAAAGAGAUGUCUGGGAUACGCCAACAGUUUGCUGAUAUGGAACUCACCGGAGACCUGUCCAGUGACACCACACCAAAUAUCCGACCAGAGAAAAGUCCAUCUGGGGCAUCCGCGGAAGGUGAAUCUGGAUCUCAGAACAGCAGGAAGAGCUUCGAUCUUGUUGUGUUUAAUGCUCUCAUGGUGCCCCCAGAGCAGUUUGCAAGUCAAAUCACAUUGCUGGACGCCACUGUCUUCAGAUCGAUCCAGCCUGAGGCAUACUCAGUAAGUCUACAGAAUAGUAAUUACAGCAGGAUCAGCGAAGGAUCAACCAGAGAAUUGUCCAGUUGUGCAUGGAACAAGAAGGGAAAGUACUCCUUGGCUCCGAAUAUUGUAGCUUCUACCAGAAGAUUUAAUCAGGUCAGUUUCUGGGUGGUCAGAGAAAUUCUCACCAAGCAGAUACUUAAAACAAGAGCUGACAUUCUCAGCCACUUUAUCAAAAUGGCAAAACUGCUGAGCAGGAAAGAUAAGGCUACGUUUGAAAAACUGGAGACUCUCUUGUCCAAAGAAGAUAACUAUAAGGAACUAAGGGCUUACAUCAGCUGCUUGAGAAAUAAACCAUGCAUCCCAUAUUUAGGAAUGUACCUGUCUGAUCUCACCUACAUUGAUGCAGCGUACCCAGCAACAGCAAGCAUCCUAGAAGAUGAGCAUCGCAGCGAUCAGAUCAACAACAUUUUGCGGGUUAUCAGUGAUUUUCAGCAAUCCUGUGUGUACGAUCUUCCAUCAUUACCUCAUGUCCAGAUUUAUCUGGAUUCUGAACAAUACAUUGAGGAGCUACAAUCCUUCUUGGAGCAAGACAACUACAGACUUUCUCAAUUGCUUGAACCUGUGUCAUGGUCUCCGCGUCGAGCCUCUGAAAGAGAAGCUGAAGGUCCACUGUCCUCCACUGAAGCAGUUGAAUUCUCUGAUGGUGAUGCCACAGCCACGUGUCUGUGCCUGAUGUGUGGGCACAGGAAGUGGAAGAGUGCUGAUUACCACAGUAGGCGAGCGAGCAUCACAGAUCCCAAGAGGGCCUCGUUCCUCAGUGGUCGACCUCACAGUCUCUUGGAUGAUAGUGUGAUGGAAGAUAGUUUGCCGCAGGUGAUGCAGGCUGAAAACCAGCCGGCCUGCGACCACUCUCCAGACGAGUCAUGGCCAGCUACCCAAGAAGAAAGCAGUGAUAAUGAUAAGCAAAGCACACGGCGAACUUUUGAAAGGACUCGACUGUAUCAUUCCCUGGGUACCGAGGCACGGAAAACGCAGAGCUGCAGCGGGGAUGUAGCCGGACCCAUAUUGCCUGAUGGUCAAGGAUGUGCAACCAUUGAAAGUCUUCUGCGGAGGAAAACCAUCCUGAAGAAUGGCAAGAAACCGCUGGUGUCAGCAUGGACAACGUAUUGGGUUGCUCUCUGUAACUACCAGCUGGUCUACUAUGGAGCCAAGAGCUUAAAGUCCACUGAAAGAAAACAGUUUAAGUCGAGUUACUGCAAGAGGUUGUCGAUUGUGGGUUGGACACCUGUCCUGAUUGAAGAUCCAGAGAGCGAGGACAUGUUUCAGCUCACGGACCAUGAACACGGGAAUUCCUACAAGUUUCUGGCCGGCAGCAGAAUGAACGCCAUGCUGUGGUUCAAGCAUCUGAGCAGAGCUUGCAAGACCAACUGGAGACAGCUUCCCACAAACCUAAUGUCUUUUGAAUGAUGUCAGGAAGACCGGAGGGAGAGAUGGAGAUUGUUUUGCAGUUAACAGAUUUAAAUAGAGGGUGUCUGUUCGAUGUGCAAGUGUGCUAAUGAUAUCUUCUGCCCGCAUGGGUUUAUCAGCCUGUCAGAUCUUCAUUUGUGGAGCACAACCAGAGACUGCAGUGACAGUGAUGUUUCAAGCAGAGCGGAAUAAGGUAAAACUGUCCAAGUCCUGCCACUGUCUGACAAAGUGCUGAUGGAAGAUACUGGCCAGCGGCAACUUAUUGGACAUGCCUUCUGACUUUGUGUAUGGCUGGAAGAAAUGUUUACCAAUCUCUUCGGGGACCUUGAAGAUAUUUUGCAGUCUUUGGAACUUAGCCACUGCAUUGAGGAUUUCCUGUUGAUAAUCCUUACUCAUUUGUGGCUCGAAUCCGUGUUUGCACAAAUGGUUUAAAUGUGGGCACGCUGGGGUAACUUCGCUCUCAUCUUUAAAGUAAAAUUAUUUUGACCUUUUCUCCAACCUUCUGUUGCUCGAAGGCAACACAACGUGCCCUUGAGCCUCGGUCAUAACGUUGCUGCAGUGUGCUUGGAGAAUGUCGAUGUUACCCAGUCGCCUUCCACCCUGUUACCAUUCAAACAGUGGAACACCUCAGACUGGGAAUACUUAUCAGGAAUCCCAGAACAGUGAGCUGAAGAUUAACAUAUCCUGUCAGCACUUUACAAGUCUUGGCUGUCCUGGGCAUUGACAAACUAGAUCUACUAAAUCUUGAAACACAGCAGCUGAUUAUGCAUCUGUAAAAGCACGUUGGAAAGAGUACUGUGCAAAGUUUAAAAAAAACUUUCAACAUGGUAGAAGAACAGAAGAAUUACCUUUUGCAUAAAGCUCUGGUAGAAAGGCUCAAAACAACAAAGUCCUUGAUGCUUUUUUAAAAUGCAGUUUUAAUACUUUUAACUCUUGUUUUUACCCCAGUAAUAGGGCUGCAAUGAGCUCUCCAGUUUGUUUGAUGACUCUGUUGCUGCUAAACGUGAAUGGGCUCCCACUGUCCAUUGUUUGUGAGCCUCGAGGUUCCUUCUUACACCAAAUAACCAGAGGUACAAGCCUGUAAUAUCCCUGUCUGAAAUAUAUUAAGUGGGUGGGGUGUGAGAAGGUAAUUUUUCAGCUACAAACCCAGGCUACAAUCUUUCUGCCUCAGGGCUUCAAAAUUCCAACUGGCAUGUUACUGCCAAGCAAAUCCUACUUUAGCCACAACUCCCUGAAUAUGAAUUCCACCUCAGCCGCCCACGGCUGAUUUUGUUAGUUGCUGUUGUUAUACAUGAGAUUGAAUCCAGAUGUUUUAACAGGUCUCACGCUGACCCCUGCUGUAGCGUCACAGAGCCCAGAGUCAGAGCACAAGGAAACAUUGUGAGGUCCACACAAAUCUGGUGUUUCCUCUGUUGGUGAGUCAUAGUUGCUAACUCUGGUUGGGCAUAUCUCUUGGAGAUUUUUUUGUAAUUGCAUGACCUUCCUACUGGGAGAAGCCAUGCUUUGCCUCCUCACCCAGUCCUGUCGUUACUCACCUAAUAAGCCCUACCACUUAUUGGAGAGCGAGUUCCCUUUCAUUAUACAGAUGUCUGCUAGCACCCAUCUUUCCCCGAUAGAAUGUAGAACUUAGAAAACUAAAUGAAAAUAGGUGCUAUACCCCAGUGAUUUAUUUGGCAGAUAAGUUUUAGAAAUUCCCUUUGGUUACUGGGGAGAUUACCUCUGCUGUAUUUGGUUACUGGGGAGAUGACCUCUGCUGCAUUUGGUUACUGGGGAGAUGACCUCUGCUGCAUUUGGUUACUGGGGAGAUGACCUCUACUGCAUUUGGUUUAACUUUUCUAGGUUUCAUCCUUUGUCCAGGAGAAGGUUUGGCCCACCGUGUGUUGAUGUUGGAUUGGGUGUGCCCACGCUUAUGGGUGUCAGUCCUGCACUGGCUGUGUGGCACGUUUUAAUUCCGCGUGAAGCCUUGGUGUUUUUUCUACAUUACUGUCCAGAUGAGAUGCUGUCCAAUAUUCAUCACUUUGUAAAUUCACUCAUCCCACACCACUCACUGUGCUCUUCCCAUAUCCUAACCCCCUCACGGCAUGUAUGUGGCACCACUUUACUGCUUGUGGUGAAGGAGACGCAGCUUUUAUUGGGGAACUGAUUUUAUUCAGUGUAUUGCUGUGCACUUUUAAAGGAUGCCAUUGGAAAGCAGUAAUUUAUUUGAAUCUCUUCAAAUUGCCAGACCUGCUUCUACAGUCCAUAUCUUGCCCUGUUCAGUAUUAUUUUAGUUAUGUCCCUCUCAGAUGGGGGGGCUCCUCACUAUCUGCUGACUGUAAUGGGCAUGACACAUAUUUUUGAUCUCUUAUCGCAGCAUAAUGUUAAAUACUGCUGCACCGGUGACAAAAAUCAGUGCUUCUCAGUGUCCGAUUCCACCUUGGUUCCUGUUUCCCCUCUCCCACAGCCACCUCCGUAAUCCCCAAAUUAAGGAAUUUCCACCCAGAAGAAAAACUGGAUCCAAACCUCAGUGGCAGUAGUGGAGUAUGAAUUGGGGACGAUCGUGCUUGUGGGGUAAUUGGUUUUGUGUGCAGGAGGGGUGUUGAUAACUGAGUAUGUUUGCUUGGCAUGUGAAUUUGUGUGGGAUCCCCACCACCGCCAGUUCUCUGAGGACUCGUGGCUCGAAGGUUGUUCACAGGGAAUGUACAGAUACUGACCUGCUGACAUCUGUGAAUCCGGUCACUGCUAGACCGGAAGGAAUCAGAGAGUCUAAAUAUUCCCAGCUCCUCAGUUAGAUUGGUUCAUCAGACUUGCAGAGAAUGUGGGAGUUUCGUCCUGCAGAGGAAUUGCACUGGUUAAAACUGUACAAGUACCGGCAGGGUCUCAGAUAAAGGUGAUGCAGAACUUAAUCUGACAGCCUUUUUUAGAUUUUAGUUUUAAUAAGUCGCAGAAUAAAAGUGCAAUAAUAUUUAUUACCUUGUCUCUUAUCGCAAUAAAAUUAAUAAUGUAU